UCUAAAUAAAAUUUAUAAGCGGCUUAGAAGAAAAAAUGCACUAUCAAGAACAGAUGGAGUCUCUUAUGUUGGGAGAAGAACGCAGACGCGGAAACUACGUCAGAUACGCAGACGCGGACGCGGACGCAGAUGAAGGUGUUAACUCUCCCUCUUCUUUUCCAAACUCUCCUGAUGAUUCGGACCGUCGCACUACUUCUUCUUCUUCAAGGAGAGGAUUGUCGAAACAUUACAAAGGUAAAUCACAAUCGUUCACAACGUUGGCAGAAGCGCUAACUGUGGAAGAUCUCGCUAAGCCCGAGAAUCCAUUCAACGCAAAGCUGAAGCAGCGACGAGGGAGCCCUCACUGUCGUAGAUUAUCCGGAUGCGGCGGCGCUUCGGAGCGAAAUCUAAGUGGUCACGACGUUUUUCUCGCCGGAAACGAUAGGCCGCAGCGACUCUCCGGUAAUAGACCGCCUCUGAGAGCCCAGACGCUCUCGGCGGCUCAUAUUUCGUCUUUGCUUACUCGAACCUAAACCGGAACAGAACCGGGUUUUGUUUAGGACGAUGUUUUUCAAUCUUUUGUUUUCUAAUUUUGUACAAGUUACUUAAAAAGUGUGUGACUCUUUUGAUAAUUUUGUAAUUUUUCAGUUUAAU